GGGGGGGCACUGGGGGCUGGCGAGGGGAGGAGGAGGGGGUGGAGGAAAGCAGCUGUUGCCAUCGCAACCCCACACACAGCUGCCCAAGCUGUCCCUCUCUCACCCUCUGCACUCCUCUGGUAAGGACCAAACUGGCGCUUCGGGGCAACAGAAAGGACGGAACGGAUUGGCUUAGGGGGGCAGAGUCAGUGCCUUUUUGCCUCUUAGCCUCCACACUCAACGAUCGCACAGAGAAUACUUCGGGACUACGCGAGCCUGCCAUAAAAGCGGAAUGGCUUUUCCCCCCUUCCGGCGUCCCCGCCCUUUGACCCCGGAAGUGAGCUGGAGAGGCCAAAGGGGGGGUGGGGGCGGCCUGUGAUGCUGGAACAAACAUGGCUGCCUCGGUACCCCUAUGCUGCUUGGGCUCUGGACCGGGCCGCCACCGGCUGCUCUUGCUGCUGGGACUCCUGCAGCUCUUGGGUCACCUCGGCCAGGGUCGUGUCCACCACCUAGCGCUCAAGGAUGAUGUGAGACAUAAGGUUCAUCUCAAUACUUUUGGAUUCUUCAAAGAUGGGUCCAUGGUGGUCAACGUCAGUAGCCUCUCAGUGAAGGGAAAUGAAGACACCACUGCAACGAUUGGUUUCAGCUUGGACCGAACAAAGAAUGAUGGAUUCUCCUCUUACCUGGAUGAAGAUAUGGAUUACUGUAUCUUCAACAAAAUGCAGUCCAUUUCUGUUACACUGCUGAUUCUGGAUUUCUCAAGUCAUCUUGUCAAAAUAAAGUCUCCACCAGAAGCUGGCAGCAACUUACCAAAAAUCGUCUUCAGCAAGAGUGAGAAAAUCCUUGGUGAAAAUCUGGAACCAAGUCUUAAAAGUCCAUCAGGAAAUAAUCAGACUCUUGAAAAACAAGAAGGUGAAAAGUCUGCACAAAGUGGAGAGAAUUCAAAGGUAUCAGGAGAGAAUUCUUAUCCUAUUCAUAUUAAUGAAGGGGCAGUUUCAUUUCAGUUUUUCUUCAAUAUCAGUACCAGUGACCAGGAAGGUCUCUAUAGCCUUUAUUUCCACAAAUGUCUUGUCAGUGACAUUCAGACCAGUGAUGAGUUGUCUUUCAGCCUUGAUAUUGAGAUCACAGAGAAGAAUCCUGACAGUUACCUCUCUGCUGGGGAAAUUCCUCUCCCAAAGCUCUAUGUUUCCAUGGCAUUUUUCUUCUUCCUUUCUGGGACCAUCUGGAUUCAUAUCCUUCGAAAACGGAGGAAUGAUGUUUUUAAGAUUCACUGGUUGAUGGCAGCCCUCCCCUUCACAAAAUCUUUGUCCUUGGUGUUCCACGCAAUUGAUUACCACUACAUCUCCUCUCAGGGAUUUCCAAUAGAAGGUUGGGCUGUUGUUUACUACAUCACGCACCUAUUGAAAGGUGCACUACUGUUCAUCACUAUUGCACUCAUUGGUACCGGCUGGGCUUUCAUCAAACACAUCCUUUCUGAUAAAGAUAAAAAGAUUUUUAUGAUUGUCAUCCCACUGCAGGUCCUGGCAAAUGUGGCUUACAUCAUCAUAGAAUCAACUGAGGAGGGAACAACUGAGUAUGGCUUGUGGAAAGAUGCUUUGUUCUUAGUGGACCUGCUGUGCUGUGGAGCCAUACUCUUCCCUGUGGUGUGGUCAAUAAGACAUUUACAAGAAGCCUCAGCAACAGAUGGAAAAGCUGCUAUUAACUUAGCAAAGCUGAAAUUAUUCAGACAUUACUACGUAUUGAUUGUCUGUUACAUUUAUUUCACAAGGAUCAUUGCAAUUCUCCUCAAACUUGCUGUUCCAUUCCAGUGGAAAUGGCUCUACCAGCUACUGGAUGAAAUGGCAACUCUGGUGUUCUUUGUUCUAACUGGCUAUAAAUUCCGCCCAGCAUCUGAUAACCCAUAUCUGCAACUCUCUCAGGAAGAUGAUGAUUUGGAAAUGGAAUCUGUGGUGACAACUUCAGGAGUGAUGGAGAAUAUGAAGAAAGUCAAGAAGGUGACAAAUGGAUCUGUGGAUCCCCAGGGUGAAUGGGAGAGCACAGCAUGAUGGAGCAAACUUUGAGAAGAGCACUUUCAAAAAAAACUUUUAAUUUAUUAAUAGUACUGUCAGUGAACAGGAGCAGCCUACACCUCCCAACAUUGAUCCAACAAAAGAGUGUGACUGGGAGCAAAAUGUCACAGAAACCUAAUUUCUUCCUCUGUACUUUAACAAAACUGAAUCUGUUGCUGCCCACAAGAAAGUUUGAACUUUCCUCAAGGUGGGAAUGAUGUAUGGGGAACACAAAGGAAGAGAAAAUGAGGAUUUCAUUUGUUUUAAAUUUUUAUAUGCACAUACCUUUCACCCCCUUUUUGUUAAUGACUAGGUAUUCCAAAAUGCAUUUGGUUCUGUUCUAGAGUGUGUUAUACCAGUGGAAAGACUGUGUGUGUGUGUGUGUGUGUGUGUGUGUGUGUGAGAGAGAGAGAGAGAGAGAGCGCUCAAUGUUUGUGAUAUAAAUCAUGGAACAUGAAAGCUAUAUUGGACAAGGGGAACAAAAGUUAAAUGAAAAGACUCAGUUACUCUGGUAUUCUGGCAGGAACUUAUAAAGGAUAAAAGUUAAAUCAUUGCAGGAAUGGUAUAAGGAAGAUAAUGAAAUUAAGUUAUUUUAUAAAGCAAAAAAAGACAUCACUUGGGUAAGAAUACAAUUGCAUCUUUAAAGCAUGUGUCACAGACCCAGGAGUCCUGGGCAUGGUCCUGAGGGCUGCCAUUGAUUCCAAGUAUGGCCUUGGGCAGGUCCUCUAAGUCACCUCAUUUGCAAAACAGGAUAAUGCAUUUGUAAAGUGUUUUACCAUCCUAGGACUGUGAUGCCAUGCUCAAGAUGAAGGAUUACUCUCUUCCUCUGUGAUGCAGUCCAAGGAGGAGAAUGUGAUUAUCCUUAUUAAGAGGGGAUCUGCUUGGACCUUGCCACACUGUAGCUGUCUGUUUUACCUCAGGAAUGAGAGGGAAAAGUCAUAGGCCUGAAAUUCUUUGAAUUAAUUUUUCUAUGAAGUUUCCCUAGACCAUUCUCUGUGCACCAUAGAGCACAAUUCCUUUCUCUCUUCUCUGGGGAGCAAUACUUCUUUUUCCUUGUAGCACAAAAAACAAAAGGUGUGGCUCAUCAGGUCACAAACCAUGUGAUUAAACUGUGGAAAUAUCAAGGGAAAGAGGUAUGAGGAAGAAUCAUACACAAGUAACCACAAGCGAGUGAAAAUUUAUUCUUGAAGAGAAAGGGAAAUCUGGGGACAGUAUAGAUUGUCUGGGUAAGAAGACUAUUAAGAGGGUUAUGUCUGUGUAAACCUAAAGCUCUUCCUGAGUACUAAGCAUUAAGCAAAGAGCCUCUCUGGUCCCUAGCCUUGAGGAGGUUGUCUCUCAGUAAAGAAAUCUGGUGCCAUUAAAUGGAGCUGUCAGUGGAAUCUUUAACGUAGGGGCUCUCUGACAGUGAGACUAGAGGAAAUCUACCAGUCAUUUUCCAAGAAUGCUCUUGGUGAUCAGUGAGUGAGUAGCUACCUGAAAAUAGAAUGAUUUUCGCUCAUGGUGGUUUUUUGGAAAAUGUGAAGGAGGAAAUAAUUUCUGUAUUUUAACCAGAUGCUUAGAAACUCCUGGUGGUAACUUAAAAGUUUCAAAAGAGGCUGCAUUCAUUAUUGGUUCUUAAUUUGAGUAAAGUUGCUAUGAAGGGGUCUAUUAAUGAACCCAUGAAAGGAUGUUUGCUUGUUUCUAGCUGUUUUGGCACACCUGUGGAUUAGAAUCUUGAAUCUUCUUAUAUUUGCCAUUCACUGCUAUUACCUUCGUGGAGCGGCUCCCUCCUCCUGAACAAUAGAGAUGAGGGCUUUGGGAGGUUAAUUAUUGAAUUUUGGAAGAACACUGAGAAUUGUGUCUGCAAAGUAUAAACAGCUUGGCUAGGCAUAGGAAAUGAAAAGGUUUCUGAUCUGGGCAAGUGUGUUUCUCAAACAUUUUUCUUCCCCUAACUAUCUCUGCACAGGUGGUGAUGGAGGAGCAUAUAUAUUAAUGCCUGAGAAAGGUAGAUGAAAGAAAAUGUAAAAAUAAGCAUUUAUCAGCCAGUUGAUGAAACAUAAUCUAAUUCCACUAGUUCAUCCUUCUCUGCAUGAUACUCCCUGAAUAAAGUAUCAUCUCUAUGAUCUUUGAAACAUCUGAGUAUUGAACAAGAAUCAUCUCAAGUGCUGAUGGCUAGCCAUGUGUCCAGAUCUUUUAUGAAAGGGUUUUCCAUAAGGAGGAGAUAGAGAAGAUGUCUUGAAUAUUUAGAUGUAUGCCUUCUCAUUCAGUCAACUCUUGAAAGAUCAUUUUAAAUUGGAUGGCAGAGAGAAAGACUAGAAAUGACUAUUUAGUUUUUUGUUCUCUUCCUGUCUCUCCCCCCCCCUUUUUUUUUCUAUACCAAAAUAACAUACUCCAAAUAACAUGACUCCAAGACUUCUGAGGCACUCCUUUCAUAUCUCACUUCGCAGGGUAGGUCACCUGAAACACACUUGGGUACUUCACCCAGAGUGACGUGUUAUUUCUACUACUAGCAGUUACCUGACUAAAGGUGCAAUCAUAGCCCCUACUAUGAAGGGCGUAGGGGAGAGGAUGUCCUUAAUAUUUAUAUACAUGAUUUUAAAAAUAAAAAUAUGAGUGAAAAACUGUGUGUGUGAGUGCAUGGGUAUGUAUGCUCAGUGCAGCAUUAAUACCUUCUGUUGUACUGUACCAGUUACCCUAUUGCUACUACUGUUGCUAGCAGUAGCAGAACCUUUUGGGUAUAAUUAGCAUGUGGACAUUGGUCUCAGGUUUCUCUUUGGUAAAAACCAUUUAUUAACACUGUAUAUACUUCCAGGCUUACAGAUCUGAGUUUCCGUGGUUUUGUAGCUGAGCAGUGACCCCUCUGGAACCUGAAAUAGACAAAUAAAAUGUGUUAGCUUUUUUUAAAAAAUAAAAGCCAGACUAAUCCACAGCUAUUGGAACAAAGAAAUUGUUUUCCCAUCACCAAAUGUUCUAGCAAGAAAUGUUCAUCAGUGGACCUUAUGGGCUUUGUGAUACUGGUGAAUUAGAAAAAUAUCAGGCCUAGAACAUGGGUAGGGAGAAAAUACUUUAAAAUUGCCUCCUCCUUUCUAAAAUUCAAAAGAUGAAUUUCAUUGUCUUUUGUAAAUAAAUCCAUUUUCCUUCCCAAUACCAAAGCUAUUACUUUUAGCUUGUUCUACCAUGAAUAAAUGAUUGAUUGAUGCUCUAAACUGAACAGAUUUGCCCAACAGUUCUACCAAAUUCAAAAACUCCCCGUUUUCCAGUGAUUUUAAAGUAUUCAUUUGAGCUAAGAGUAAAUCCUUUAAGUUUUUCAGAGGAUAGCCAAAAAGGAGACUACACAGGCAGUCCCUUCCUACCACGUGCCUGGGAUGCACUUCUUCCUCAUCUUUACCUAGUAGAAUCCUUAGCUUCCUUCAGAGCUCAACUCAGCUGCUACAUCCUACAAAGAUCUUGUAAUCCUUGUCUGUGCCAAACAUCCCCCACCCCAAAAAAUAUUACAUUUUGUGGACAAGGCUGUAAAGUUUCAGGAAAUUGCGGGUCCCAUUUUGGCAUUUCAAGAGACUGUGCCUCUAUUGCUAGAAAAUUAUUUCCUGAAUAGCAUGAACAGGAAAUGUUCUUUCAAUCCUGGCUGUCCACUCUGGCCAAGUACUCAGUCAAGCUCCUGGGUCCUCUGGUGUUUUAAAAUCUGAGUUGCAAGCACUUUUUCCUGCUGAAUAAGACCCCGAGGAAGUUAACACUGAGGCUUUGGAAAUUCAUCCUCCUUGUGUUUACACCUGCUCCAGGGUAAGGAUUGCUUCUUUGGCCAUGUCCUUGGUGAAUUUGGUAUCAGCUUAUCAAGCUGUCCUAGUGAAUCAAGACUAAACAUAACACUACCCAAAAUUCUGUUUUCCAUUCCAUUUUAUUUCAACUAGCAUGUGACUGGAAGGGAAGUCUUGUUGAAUUUCCCCUCUAAGAGUUAUUAGAUAAUUAGGCUGUCAUGAUGUUGUCUGUUGUUCUUUAACCUGACCUUUUCUCCCUCCUUCCCCCUUCCUCCUAUUGAUUGCCCUGUUCCACUUUGACAGAGACUGGGAGAGUAUUGUUAGGAUUUUGGUGCAUUGCAGCAUUUGUUCAGUGCCAGCUGUGUAAAAGAUGUAUUUCCUAAGCUAGGAGACUCUUCAUUGAAAGAGUACAUACUAAUGAUGCUUCAUAUUAUUACCCUAUAGGAUGUACCUCCCUAAAAUAAUAUGCCCUGUCUCCUUUCAAAAAUAAAUUAAUAUCAUGGCCCCAAGGAAGAUCUGCAGUAUUCCCAAUUAUGAAAGGUUUUCAGACCGUCUUCCUCUCUCUACAAAAUAUUCUCAUUGAGAAAAUGAUCCUAAGUUAAUAGACAGGCUUUGAGGGCUGCUGGCCCCAUUCCAUGCAUAACUGCAAAAAAAAAAAAAAAGUUGCCUCAUUCUCUCCGGCCAAGCUGUCGAGUUUCAAAAACACAGAUUUUGGCAAAAUCUAUACUGAUCCUCCAAAUGCCAUGCGUCUCCCAAAUGUCUUAGGACAAUGCCUAAUCUAAGAACUGUGGAGUAGAGUAUUUGAAUCCAAUGUGUCUGUAGCUAUGCCUCCUUCAUUUCAUUUCCUCUUGAGGAAGCAAUUCAGUAUUACUGCUCUCCACUAUAUAGAAACUACCACACCUCAACUCAAAUGUCUCAUAGAACUUCAGAAAAUCACUAGUCUGUAAUACACCAAAUGUUCUUUUGCAAAAGAUCUGCUCUUUACUGUGAUGUCCCUUAGGGUGUUCUUGCCAGGGUAUACUUCUUUAAAAGAUCUCACUUGAGUCAAUACUAAUCCUUGUUGCCACCUGGAAUACAGUUAUUGAUCAGUAAUGCAAAAGGUUCUCAAAGUUCCCCAGGGUUCUCUUAGCAAUAGUGAUAUGUCUGUGCCAUCCCAGCUAGACUUAUGCUUGAAGAGGGAUAAUGUUUGAUGCUCAGCCUUGAUGCAAAAAUAUCUCCUGAAUUAGUUACCAAAUGAAUACACCAUGUGAAAGGAAGAGUUGGGGUAGUUUGGGAGUAGGAAGGCAGCUGUGUGUGUGUUGGAUUGAUGGCUUUUUGGAAUUUUGACUGUAAAAUGCAGUUACGUAGUUUGGAGGAGCCCUUGAGGAAGGCAAUAAAUGUCAAAAUGAUAAGGAAAAAAUUGAUUUGGCACAAAACAGUAGGCUUAUUACAAGGACUGUUUCAGUGUUUUGUAAUGAGAUUUUGACUGCUGAAAGGACCAGAGAAGGGUUAAGGAAACAGUGGUGCUGGCAAGUGAGAGCUAUUACCUCUGACUUUAUUGUGUUGUGACCUGGCUCAGCUGCUUUCAGGCAGCAUGUUUACCCUAAAUUGGAUUUGCUUAGCUACAUGACCUCCAAAGAACCCAGGUAGGGUGUUUAAUCCAGGAGCAAAUUUCUGGGUGCUUGCAGACAAUAAAAAAUACUUUGCUCUUCAUUUAAGGUUAAAGUUCAGAAAGAGAUUUUUCAGUUUUUUUUUCCCCUAACAUUAUUUAACAGAUCACUGUGGGGUAUUUACAUAAUGGGUACAGGAGAAAAAAUAUAAAUCAAGAUACUGUAUGUAAUUUGUUUUCUUGCUUUGGUGCAAAAGUGUAAAAUAAAGAAUCCAUGAUGAAAUGAAAUGUACAUUUGUAAUCUUAGGAGAGCUUUUGAUAAAUGACUCCUGCCUCAGUC